AUGAGCAGYRAGAAWAUACAAUUCGGCAUCUUCAUAAUCUUCUUCUUGGCCAAUGUCCAUGGAAAGCAAUGCAAUCCAAUGUACACCCAGCCUWACAUGAGACUAAACAACAAUAUUUUCCAGACAGUAAUUGCAAGCUCACGUACAGAAUGUUCAUCCCAGUGUUCUUCGAAUUCUUUGUGCCUAAGUACUAACUACCAUCAGGGGCACAACAAAUGCGAACUUAAUAAAGGGAGCCAUUUGUCCAAUCCUGAAGCUUUACUUCMAGCUGAAGGAUAUGUUUAUACCCAAGCUGMCAAGACACCCUCUAAAUGCAGUGCCAAGCUGUGCAGUGAACCAAAAAAGUGUGUACCGAGGGGAAACGAUUACGAAUGCGUCUCCUCUUGUGAAGCUUCUGGCUACGGUAGAAAGAGCAUCAUGACAUUUCCACGAAARUCAACAUCGGAUUACGUUCAAUGGGAAAACCCAUUYGAGCCACUGGCUGCAUUUACGAUCUCCUUUUGGGUCCAGAUGCAAACGGGUGCAGACUAUCAGUCGAUAUUUUCAUAUUCAUCAGUCAACGUUUCUUCAAACACGAUAUUGAUACAAUCAACUUACAUGGAUAUAACAAUCAUGAUCAUGGGAGAUAAAAGUGAGCCAGCA